AUGAACAUCACCCCACAACAAACCUUCAAUGAGAUCUCAGUUUCCCUUAGGGUUUUGGAAAAGAAAUCACCUUGCAACUUCUUGGUUUUCGGGUUAGGGCACGACAGCCUAAUGUGGACGUCCCUCAACUAUGGCGGCCGGACGGUGUUUGUUGAAGAGGACAACUCAUGGAUAGAACAAGUCAAGAGUAAGUUACCUAACUUGGAAGCUUACCACGUUGUUUACGACACGAAAGUCACACAAGCGGACGAGCUUUUGGAAGCCAACAUGAAGGAUGAAGAGUGCAAAGUCGUCGGCGAUCCGAGGUUUUCGAAAUGUAGGCUCGCGCUCAAGAGUUUGCCUAAUGAGGUUUACGAUGUGGAGUGGGACUUGAUCAUGGUGGAUGCUCCGACCGGGUGGCACGACGAAGCUCCGGGGAGAAUGGCGGCGAUUUACACCGCCGGGUUGAUGGCUAGAAAUAGAGAAAGCGGUGAGACUGAUGUGUUUGUUCAUGAUGUUGAUCGGAACAUUGAGGACAAAUUCUCAAUGGCGUUUUUGUGUGAAGGUUAUUUUAGAGAACAAGAAGGAAGGAUUAGGCAUUUCACCAUUCCAAGUCAUAGAGCUCGUUUAGGUAGACCAUUUUGUCCUUAG